AUGGACACAGAUGUGCCGCCCAUCCUUCUGCCGUGCGCGAUCUGCGCACGGACUUUUAUGCCGCAGUCGUUGGAGAAGCACACCAGGAUAUGCGAACAAGCCGCCAAUAAGAAGAGGAAGCCGUUCGACUCCUCGAAACAGAGGAUCCAAGGGACCGAGCUGGCUGAGUUCGUGCCGCGACUGGAGAAAAGACGGUACACGGUGGACGACAGGACCGGCAACAAGUCUACGUCUACUUGGAAACAGACGCACGAUGACUUCCUACGACAGAUCCGGGCUGCUCGCAACGAAAUCGUGGAUGGCACGAUGCAGAAGCAAGGCACGACAGUGCUGUCGUCGAGCGCGCCGACCCGCGCAAACGAACAGGGUGUCUGUCCCACGUGCAACCGACAUUUCGGCAUCAAGGCGUACGACAGACACGUGGCGUGGUGCAAGGACAGAAUCACGCGGGUACCGGUUAGCCCCGCGACAAACAUCGCGAAGGAACGUCUUGAAGCGCGGAUGAAAUAUCGGGCACCAUCCUUGAAGAAUCGCCGACAGAUCACUCGCGAGAAAUAUUCCCCUAAUUCAGCAACUAAUCUCAGUUCAAACAACAAGACCUCACCGACACAGUCUGUGAGUCGGGUAAAGGAGAGCGUAUCCGCGCCAAACUGCAACAAAAACAACGUCAGUCCAAUGAAACACAAGCCGACUAUCACAAGGCGUUCUGGACAAUCGAAAGACACAUCCAGUCCCAUAGGUCCUAUGAAGUCCCGACCAGUCGACCGUACGAACUGGAACUUAACACUGCCAUUACAUCCCGUAUGGAGCAAUUACGUGCGCAGACGACCGGAUUUUAAUCUUGUACUUAGCAGUAGAACCGGGAAGGAUUACAAUCCUUUCUUACUAGCAGAGCAGCAGAUGAACGACCUGCUGUCGGACGCCAGCGAGCAAUCUGUGACGGACAAUCCGCUCGGCGAAAACCGCGAAACCUCGUUUCCUCUCUCUCACUCCUCAGCAUUCGUGAAAUACCCUUAUCAAUCUCCCUCGAAUCCCUCGAAACGAUCUUCCCUAAUAGCUCCACCCUCGGAAUUCGACGACCUGAUGUCAGACUUCUCGAGCGAUUCGACCGAAACGAACUCGUUAUACCGAGAGGUCUUCAUAAACGAUGUUAAAGGAUCCAAAUCGGACACCGAGAAGAAGUCACCGGCCAGAGAAUUAGGCAGACGGGUGAUCAUCGACAAAUCGAAAGCACUGGGCGGAAAUGUCUUAGAGGGCGUUGCUCGUGGUAGCAGAAGUUUCGUUGCCAGUUCUGAAAGGGCUCGUAAGAUCCUUGAUAAAGUUUCGCCCAAGGUCGUCCGACCAACCGUCAAUCGGUCUUUCUCAGUUCGAGCUUCCUCUGCUCCGAAAACCAGCCUCGAUAAAAAGAACUCGAACAGCUCCAACGAGCCAAAGAAAUCGUCCAAUAGGCACAAUGAUUCUCAGAGUUCCUUGAAUAACAGCUUGAACAAUAGGAACAAUAAUUACACGAAUCUUUCGAGUAGCAACCUCAGCUUGAGCUCCAUCGUGUCCUCGGACGUGGACAUCAAACGAUCGAACUCGGUGUUCGACGAGUUGAUGACCUCGUUUGAGGACGAGAACGAUUCCUUCACGUCCCUGAAAUCCCUCCUAAAAAACGACUCCCUGUCCAUGUCUAGCUCUGUUCACGGAAGACAGCGGCACGAUCAGAUCAGUGACGAGGAACUUUCGUCGCCGGAAAGUCACAAGAGGCAGGAUCACGGCAAAUUCAGCGGUGACUCCGCUUAUAGCAGUUUAAAUCGCAAAUAUUUGCACCACGGACGCAGCACCAACGACGUGGGAGGACGUCUCGACGAGGACCCUUCAAGACAGAAUCGUGACAGAAGCGAUGGUGACGGGAUCUCGACGUCGGCCAAGUUUAAAAUGUCGAAAUUCUGCCACGAGUGCGGCUCUAAGUUUCCGAAAACCGCAAAAUUCUGCUGCGAGUGUGGCAUCCGUAGACUCGUUCUCUGA